AUGGCUUCGGAUGUUGUGAAUCCUGCUGGAGAAAAAAGGUCUCAUAAAGAUGGCUCUUAUCUUGCUGAACUCCUGUUAUCCAAAGGCUAUCACGUUCAUGGUAUUAUUCGGCGCUCAAGUUCAUUCAAUACUCACAGAGUAAAUCAUCUCUACCAAGAUCCAGUCGUUUAUCGUGAUAAACAAAGCUUUUUUUUGCACUAUGGUGAUAUGACCGACAGUUCUAAUCUAUCGCAUUUGAUGGCAAGUAUAAAACCUGAUGAAGUAUACAAUCUGGCGGCGCAGUCACACGUCCAGGUUUCUUUCGAGUUGAGUGAAUAUACUGGGGAUGUCGUUGGCAUUGGCACUACUCGUCUUCUUGAAGCUAUUCGUUCAGCUGGACUUGAGAAAUCCGUUAGAUUUUACCAAGCCUCAACAAGCGAGCUUUUUGGGAAAGUGGCUGAAAUUCCUCAAACAGAAACGACCCCUUUUUAUCCACGAUCGCCCUAUAGUGCGGCAAAGCUGUAUGCCUACUGGAUUGUUGUAAACUAUCGUGAAUCCUACGAUAUGUUUGCUUGCAAUGGUAUUCUUUUUAACCACGAAAGCCCACGCAGGGGCGAAACUUUUGUAACCAGGAAAAUCACCAGAGCUGUUGCCAGGAUCAAACACGGAAAACAAGAACUUGUUGAGCUAGGUAAUCUUAAUGCAGAACGUGAUUGGGGCUACGCGGAGGACUAUGUUUACGCGAUGUGGCUCAUGCUUCAACAGGAGAAACCGAUGGAUUUCGUUAUUGCCUCGGGCGAGAAGCAUAGUGUUCGCGAAUUUGCCACUAAAGCCUUUGCUCGUGCAGGUAUUCAAAUAGAAUGGGAGGGGUCGGGUCUAGAUGAGAUCGGUAAAGACAAGGCCACAGGAAAAGUACGUGUUCGCGUUAAUCCUAACUACUUCAGACCUACAGAAGUAGACCUCUUGAUAGGUGACAGCUCAAAGGCUGAAAAGGAGCUGAAAUGGGUUCGAAAAACGGACUUCGAAUCACUAGUCAACCUCAUGGUGGACGCUGAUUUGGCCCUUGUUAAGAAGUCGCUUUGA